AGGAGUGCGCCGGUAGUGGGAGGGUAAAGCCAACGCUGGCUCUCGACAUCAGGAGGAAACUUCAGUAUGCAUUCGAGUCGUGCACCAACGAGCCCGCGAGUCCACGUACUUUCUUAUUCAUUUUUCAUUUCCUUUUUAUAUUUGGAUAUUUGUUUUUAUUUCCUUUUCGAGAUUUAACAAGUUGUGUCUCAUCGACAGAACCGACAAAAUUAAUCGAAAACUAAUUUAACUUUCAAGUGUUAACAACAAUAUUUCUUGUGGAUCAAAGAAUCUCAUUGAAAUAAAGAAGAAACAAGAAGACAACUAUAGUUAUAUAUACUGUUACGUUUCAAUUAAUAGAAACAUUAGUUUUUUAAUGGAAUGAAGAAUGCAAUCAUGAGUUGUUAACGUCGCCGACGUCGUUUGACAUUUCUUAAGAGAAUUGUGGAAAGCGUACCAUUCUCUCUUUGUCUUAUAAUCGAACACACAGAUAUUUUUAUAUUAUUAUUAUUUGUUUCUUCAACAAAAAUGAAAGAUAAUAUUCGACAACGAAUUUGUUGAGUACUUUUUAGUUUAGCAAGGCGAAGAGUAAGAGAGAGUGAGAGAGAGAGAGAGAGAGAGAGAGAGAGAGAGAGUGUGUGUGAGAGAGAGAGAGAGAGGAAGGGAAAGAGGGAGGGAGGGAGGAAGGGAGAGAGAAACUAAAGACACCGAGAACAUCAAGUUUCAAACAACAUAGUGUCGGCGUGCUAUUCAGCUAAUGUCGGUUUGUCUGGCUAUCUUAUUGGUGACACAAGUUUGCUCUAAGAGUUGUGAUGAAACGAGGAAUUUGAAAUACGCGCGGGAGAAUCUAGCGAUCGAUCGCCUUUUUUUUGCAGUGUCAAAAUGACCAAAGUUCGAGGACUACCAAUGUAAUCGUCAUUCAAAGAAGAAAUUCGAUCUAAAUAAACAAGAAAGAAGAUCGGUGUAUCGACAAAUAGUCGAAUGAAAACAGUGUCGCGAGUGUUAUUUUAACAUUACAAUUAAAAUAAGGAAAAACAGAAUAAGAAGAGUAAAAGGAGUAAAAGAGAAAGAAGGGGUGGGCGGGGCAACGAGAAGGAAGAUUAAAAAAGGGAAGAAAGUGGAAGUGAGUUAAGUAAGUAAUGUGAAAUGGAUGAUAAGCCAAGAACAAUCAAAACAGUUCUAAUAUAUGGAUGCCCAUGGGUGGAAUUUGGCCGAAAUGUGCCAACGCUACCAUCACGGUAUAUCAACGGCUCAAAGUUCUUCGCCAGCUAGGGAUCCUUCGGCUGCCAUUGUGCAGCCAUUGUCGACCCCCUCGCAUAUCGAGCAGGUUAACAACCCAUCUUAUUCUCAUUACACGAUGCUGGAUAAUUAUGACAGGGGUGAGGUGACACCACCGCCGGUUAGCAGUUAUGGCGGCUCCCCGGGACUCUUGGCACUUCAUUCUUCGCUUUAUGCUACACCCACGCCUAGAACCUACGACAUCGACUCCAAUAUCGAUACAAACGAUGCAUCCAUGCCAAUCGAUACCCAAAUCAUCUCGAUCCCAGGAAUGUUAAGCGGGCCAGGUCAACAGCGUUUGGAAGAUAUGUCCUGGUUAGCAUCAGGACCAUCCUUGGACUACCAGCAAGGCAUUUCACCGAUUCCCACAGGAGUGAAGAUGUGCCAUCCUGGCAGUACCGCGCAACGUAGCCUGAAGGAACAACGGAUACGUCGUCCGAUGAACGCCUUCAUGGUCUGGGCAAAGGUCGAGCGCAAGAAAUUGGCCGACGAGAAUCCUGAUCUCCACAACGCCGAUCUAAGCAAGAUGCUUGGAAAAAAAUGGCGAGGGCUGACGCCACAGGACAGAAGGCCCUACGUUGAGGAAGCUGAAAGACUCAGGGUGAUACACAUGCAAGAACAUCCGAAUUACAAAUACAGACCAAGGCGUAGGAAACACGCUAAGCGAGCUCCAGGAGCACCUUCCUCUCCUCCGUCAGUUAACAAUGCUGCCAGCAGUAGGUCCAAUCCUAAUAAUGCUACCAUUCACCAUUCCAUGUCUAAGAUGGAAAACUAUCAAGGAAUCCCACAGAUCCCAUGGGGUGGCCAUUCCCCGAUUUCGUCUUUAUAUCAUCAUCAGCAGCAGCAGGGUAUUCAGGAAUAUAAAUCGGAAAAUAAUUCUUUAUAUGGUAGUCCAUACACGCCUAUUAUCCAUACACCGGACAUAUCACCAGUUGCUAGUCCCGAGCCUGACGGCGACGGAACGCACCUACCAUCCACGCAAAAUCCUGAUCCAGAACGGGAUUUAAUGGAAGGGACCUCGAAACAACAUGGGGAUGUUAACGAUCAAACGAAACGAUACACUUUUAUAAGUACCGACAAUCAGGUUCAUGGAACUCAUAAUGUUGCCACUAGCAUUACGUCUUGUCAAAAUUCUGCCAAUUAUACGGACACGUUGACUUAUAAGAAAUCGAUUAGUUAUUUAAACUUCGAGAGGCAGACGUCCAGCAUAGCAGCAGUAGGUAUAGCAAAUGGCAUGAUGGUAUCAUGCAACAAGCUUCGUUCUGGUUUCGAAAACGUUGGUUCGGUCACCGGCACGUUUUAUCCGCCCGUUGCUUCUCCUCACGACCAAUCCCUGCAACAUUACGCAAGUAGCCAGUCCUCGAAAUCAGCAAACUAUUCGAUGCAGGCAACUGUUGAGAGCAACUAUAGUUCAGUACAGUGUAGCAACAGGCAACAAACUAUGGGGAUACGUGGGACAACAGAAAGUUGCUCAGGUGUCAGUCCAAGAUAUCAAAUGUCUCAGCAUCAUCAGGAAUAUCAAACUGAUGCAAAUUCUUCGCAUGAUCAACAACAACAGCAAAUUAUUGCUCACAUAGAUCCAAGUGGUAUGUCAACUUCAACUGAGGAAGAUCAACAACAGCAACAACAACAACAACCACAACAACAGCAGCAGCAGCAACAACAACAACAACAACAACAACAACAACAACAACAACAACAACAACAACAACAACAGCAACAUCAACAACAACAGCAACAGCAACAACAGAGUUUGCAAUUAGAAAAGUAUUUUAAGUAUACCCAUCCCACGAGCGCUGGUCACUCUAAUUUAAGAUCUCAAAAUUUAUUGGACAAUAAUCACAAUUACGCAAGCGACUUGCGUUAUUACGACUUGGAACAACAACAACAAUCUCAAUUCGAUAUUUCAAAUUCUCACUGCAUCGUCGACGAACAGAAUAAAGAUGCUCGGUGUACUAAUAUGGGAAUUGGUCAUGGUAUUGAACAAUAUCAUACUGCAAGUAGUAUAACACUUGGCAAAUAUCAGGAGCAUUCGGCACAUACCCAACAGCAACCUCAACCACAGCAGCAACAACAAAUGCAACAACAAACUCAGCAGCAACAUAUACAAAAUAUUGAGAAUUCGACUAAAGCUGAAGAUGAUUUCAGUAUGAUUUUAGCAAAUGUACGAAAAACAUGUUACAGUAGCUAGUCCUCUCUCUCCCUCUCUCCCUCUCUCCCUCCCUCACUCCCUCUCUCUCUCUCUCUCUCUCUGCACUUUUCCAUCGUUCGACGUUUGCCUUACCGUUCUAUCUAACAAACAACAAAUUUUACUUUUUUAUAAAAUAGGAUAUACAUACACACAGUCUACCGAAUGUGUUAAGUUGAUGAAUAUUUCGUAUUAACCAAAUUUGGUAUAUGUGAUCUUAAGCGCGAUCUUCAACGAUUUUGUUUCUCCGUUGUUUGAAAUUUUUCUUUGUCCGUCUCUCCUUUUCUCUCUCUUUCUUUCUCUGUGACUGAUGAGAAUUACAUUGUAAAUUUAAAAUAAAUCGGAGAUACAUCUUUUUUUAUACUCAUGUAGACUUUAUACAUAUAGUGAUCGUACAAUGUCUUAGUUCUAUAGCUUUUGUUCUGUUUUUUAACCACUUGCAGUGGAAAGACGUGCAUGGCACGCGUCGCUGAAUUUUGUUUCGCCAGCGCAAGUGGUUAAUAUUUUUUUUUUGCCUUUAUUUCGUUGAGAUUAUAUUAAUUUUUUCGUCAACUUAAGUGUAUACGAAUCGAUAGAAUUUUUGCGUGCGUGCGUGUAAAAAAGAAAGAAAAGAAAAGAAAGAAAUAUCCUGGA